UUUCCACGCAGCAGGGACAGCCUACGUGUUUUCCUCAUGAGGUGAAGUGCACUGUGCGUCUACUACCACGUCUGGCAAUGGACCUGAAGCAUCGCAGAGCCAGCGGGAGAAGAGAGGAGAAGAUGGGCUGCUGCUCGGCACGGUGCAUGCUGAUCCUCCUGUGCUGUGUGCAGCUGAUCACCGCUCUGGAGAGGCAGGUGUUUGACUUCCUGGGCUACCAGUGGGCUCCCAUCAUGAUCAACUUCUUCCACAUCAUCAUGGUCAUCCUCGGCCUGUUUGGUGUCAUCGAGUACAGGACACGCUACGUUGUUAUGUACCUGCUGUGGACGAUGUUGUGGGUUGGCUGGAAUGUCUUUGUGAGCUGUCUCUACCUGGAUUUAGGAGGGCUUUCAAAGGACAGCGACAUGCUCACCCUGGGAGUAUCGUCGCAUCGUUCUUGGUGGAGGGACAACGGGCCGGGCUGUGAGAGACAGGGACUUCCUUCCUCUGGGUGGCAGAACCAUCAGAACCCAGAGCUGAGUAUAGUACUGAGCUGCUGGUUGGAGUACCAGUACAUUGAAAUCCUGCACUGCAUCAUCCAGCUCCUGGUUUCUCUCCUGAGUUUCGUGUACGCCUGCUACAUCGUCAGCACUUCCUCAGCUGAGGAAGAAAGCUUUAAUUUUAUUGGUGAAUUUCAUCAUCCAUCCAAACCGUCUCAGUUGUUCUUCUAGUGUGAAGAACUGCAGAUUACAAAUGAACACAAAAGUCAAACAGUUGAGGAGAAGCCACAAAAGAGAUGUGCGGAAGCGGAGACUACUUAAGAAGAGUGUCACUGUGGUCUUAUUGUCAACAAAACAUCCGUCCCAGAGGCUGAAGUUCACUGUGCACACACUCUAUGCACUGCAUGAGUCAAGAAGGGGAUUUCCCAGGAUAUCACUGUGUGAAAGUGUAAGCUAUAAUAUGUUUUUCCUCAGGCCUUACAUUCUGUAGAUCUACCUCUGUGCGUAUGACUGUGAGUUUGAAUACACGUGUGUGUGAGAGAGACAGAUAGAUAUCAUUACAUAUUAAGCACUACAGUAUUAAGAAAAUGUGAUUGGAAGAUGUUAAGAAGUAGAACCUUGGUAUGUGUUUUUUUUUAUGUGUAAAUUAUAAAGUCAUCUCAGCUGGAAAGUAAUUAAUCCAACUUGUGUAAAAUGUGGUGCAAUACAGUUAAAUAAACCACAUCUAUUAUACAUUCUGUGAUGGACUACUUCUCAGUAUUUUUUAGUUUGAAGGUCCUGUAAGGAGCUUUCAGUUUGUUGUGAUUUUGUGUACAUAGGGUAUGUCGUAUCUCUCUGUUGUUUUUUUCUAUACAUGUGUAAGUAGUAUCUUCCAACCCUAUGCAGUACUCACUGAGAGUUGAAAAUAAAGAUGAAAAUGUCAAAUAA